AUGUCUACUCCAGUUCAAUCUUCAUUGGCCGACCUCAAGGCAUCCACUGCUCAACUUGUAGGCAUCAUUGCUGGCGCUCGGCACAUCCCGGCCGGCUCAGUGGACGUCCAACUCGCUUUGACAAAGCAGGUCACCACUCUUUUGGCUGACAUCAUCCGGGCCCAUGAGAAAGGGGAAUACAUCCCUGGCAUUGUGGUGUCCUGCUCUAAGGAGCUGAUGAGGGUGCGUUCCAUGACUCCCCGGGCAUUGCCCAACUGGCACGGCAUUGGCCAUGAUGACCCCCGGGUGGCUAGACACGCCUGGCGCAAGCAAGUCCGUGCCUGGGAGGCAUUGGGUGACAAUUCCUGUGAUCUCCCUGUUGUUCCUAAUCCUUCCACUGGCCCACUGACUGUCAACCUUCCGUCUCCACCUGUCCCUUCCCCCACACCUGUUCCUUCCCCCGCCCCUGUCAUUUCCUCCCCUCCCGUCGUCGCCGGACCUUCCAGCAAGACGGGUACCGAGUUCCGGGACAAAGGAAAAGGUAAGGCUGUUUCUGUUGACCUGGAGCCGGAAGUCGGAGGGAGCAACAAGAGGAAGUCCCCGAUGAUUUCUGGACACUCCUCCCAACCUCCGAAGUCGGCGAUGAAGGAUGAUGAAGACCCAAUUGUUCAGCCGAUUUCGCGUAGAGUGCCGGAGGUCGUUCUUCCCCAGCUCUCCACCAUUGUUGUGAGGACGCCCCAGUUGCCUCGGUCACCUGGUUCCCCCAAGAAGCAAUCAUUUGGGCCUGCUUCGCUGACUGCUGGCAGGCGUCCGGAGGUCAUGGAAUCUCCCGUCAGUCGUCUGGAGGCUCGGGCAACCUCCGGCAGUCGUCCAGAAGUUGAGGAGUCCUCUGAUGAUACUUCCAGCGCUUCGGAUGGUGACCCCCCGGCCAAUACCACAUUUGAUAUCACCAUUCCUGGCCCGAACAACCCCUGCCAUUAUUGCGUCAAGGAGGAUUGGCCCUGCGCAACCCGUUUUGACAAGAGGACCAACCUCCCCUGCUUGUCUUGCAUCCGCUGCUCCACCAAGAAGAUCAAAUGCAACCCAGCAUCUCUGGGAUCCCCGCCCAAACAAAUCCGAGGGAAGUCUACCACUGGCCGGACGCGUUCCAAGACAUCUGCCCCUGCUCCAUCCACUGCUCCGUCUCCCUCCCUGUCAAGGGCCCGAACUCGUAGUCAAUCUCGUGGCCCAUCCCGAACUCCAGCCAUCCCUGCUGCAACUACACCCCAGGUGCAGUCACGUGGUCGCAGCAAGACCAUCACUACCAAGAAGACACCUGCACCUGCACCAGCUCCUGUUCGGUCUUCGAGCUUCGCAGUGCCUCGUGCAGCACUCGAUGUUCCCAUGCCGGAUCUCCAUUCCAUGGCAAUCGCGAUUCGGGAUGGUGCAGCUCGCAUCGCUAUUCUUGAGGCUCGGGUGCAGGAGCAGGAUGCUAAGUUUGAUACCCUGCAACGCCUCCAUGAGAGCCUCCGGCGCACAGUGGUCGACCGGCACCCUUCAUUUUCACUUCUGGACACACCGGCCGAUGCAACAAUCUUGCUUGAUCAAUCCGGUCCCCACCCGUCCAUUUCACCCCUCCCCUCCGCACUUUCCAACCUCAUUGAUUUGGACAUUUCAGUGAUGCAACCCACACCCUUGAUGGUUGAGGAUGGAUCUGCUAUGGUAGGUCUCAUGGUUGAGCCCACCCAAGUUCAGCCUGAGGGUCCACAAUCCUCCGGCGAAAUUGUGCUCCCGGAUGAACCAGGCAACCUCUUGCCAGAAUCCUCCAGCAAUAUUGUGGUCCCUAAUGAACCAGGUAACCUCCUGCCAGAAUAUGAUUCUUCUGAUGAGGAGUUGGAUGUUGAGGGGAAGGUUGAUCUUCCUGGUGAGGAGGUUGAAAUGGCUACAUAA